AUGGGAAACGCCAUCAUUGGGAACCGCUGCCCGUACGAUAUUUGGAUCUGGAGCGUGGACCAGACGGGCAGCUCCGAAGCCAUCAAAGUGCCCUCGCGCACGAAGUACUCAGAGCCCUUCCGCAGCCCCUGCGACGGCUGCGGCGUCUCCUUCAAGGUCAGCACGACGGACCAGCUGCAGGGCGGCAAGCAGACGCAGUUCGAGUACGCGAUUGCCGGCGGCCAGGUGUGGUACGAUAUCUCGUUCGUCGACUGCGCGCAGGGUGAGGGCGCGGAGAGCUGUCCGGGCCAUGAGAAGGGGCUUGCUAUGGAUUCGCCGGAGGGCGCAUGCGGACGCAUCAACUGCGGCGGCGGCUCGUACUGCCCUACGCAGGCGUACUACGUCGACACGCCGCUGCAGAAGCUGGGCAUUCCGGAGCCGGUGUUUGGCUGCGGGACGGCGGGGACGGGGAUGGAUCUCUUCAUGAAGGUGUGCUCGGAUGAGACGCCGCUGAAGAGGAGUAUUGCUGGGCGCGUGGUUGUCGAUGAUGAGAUUUGA